AAAGAAAUAUUUGAUGAUGUGCUGAUGAGCAAAAGGAUCUAUGCUCAUGUUGAUAUGCUUUAUUUUGAGAAUAGAAAAUGGCAUACUAUGCAAGAUUUAUACAUUGAAAAUUUGUGUUGCUUAGCUUCUCAUGUAAAGUUUUCUAAAAUAAAUUCUUGUUAGGAAUAACAACCCUGGUUGAUUUGGGGAAUGGUAUAUUAAAACUUCUGCAUAGCUCAUCCCUGUUGUCGAUGAGCAAUUAUUUAUCAUCAAUUCUAGUUCUUCAUUACUUUGGUAUCCUUCCACAAGAAUGUGAAACAUUGGUUUAUCUGGAACUAGAAACGAUAGAGAAAUUUGUUGAAAAUGCAGGUUUUUGGAUGUAAAGAAGUGAAUUGGUUGGCUGAAAUGAGAUGUAAUGCUUGCUGGCAAGAAUUGGAAGGACGAGCAGUCGCCACAAGCUGCAGUCACAUCUUCUGCUCUGAAGAUGCCAACAAGAUACUCAGUAAUGAUGGCGCAUGUCCGAUUUGUGAUCAAGUCCUCUCCAAAAGUCUUAUGAAACCAGUGGACCUAAAUCCGAACGACGAAUGGACAAAUACGGCUAUGUAUGGAAUAUCUCCACAGAAUUCCAUGAAGAGUGCUUACAAAAGCAUAAUGUUCUACAUUGGGCAAAGGGAGUUGGAGAUGCAAGUUAAAAUGAACAAAAUUGUAGCUCAGUUCAGGCAGAAAUGCGACGCUAUGCAAGAAAAAUUUUCAGGAAAAUUCGAGCAGGUCUAUGCUGCCUAUCAGGAAACAGCUAAGAGAUGCAAGAUGAUGGAGCAAGACAUUGAAAACUUAACCAAAGAUAACAAAGAGCUUCAUGAAAAAUUUGCAGAGAAGUGCAGGCAGAAGAGGAAGCUCGAUGAAAUGUAUGACCAGGCAAGAUCCGAAAUCGAUUCAUUGAAGGGCUCAGCCAUUCAGCCUGUUGGUCGCUUCUUUUCCAGACAAGAAUCCAAUCUGUUCCCACAUCCAAGUACUAGGAUGGACAACCGGGAUUCCAGCAGGAGAGGAAUAAUAAUAACCGACUCAUUUGUGGCAGAUUGGUCGCAUCUCACUCCGGACACUCCAGGGCCGAAGGACGACAUUUGGCCAACAAGACAGAACAGCUCCAACUCCACAUUCGACGUCUCUGGUGGCUCACCUGCAAAACAGUCUGCUAUUCCAAAGGAUAAUGUGAACAGAAUGCCUAGCAGUCACCCUUCUUUCACAGGUGGAGCUGGGAAUCCCUCCAUGACACUCAGAAACCUUAUCCUCUCGCCAAUAAAACGUCCUCAACUCUCUCGGAAUCAAUCCCGACUGUACGCCACUCGUCAUCUACACAAUUUCUACCUUGCGACGAUCGAAGCCGGAGACAAAGGCGAGUUCAUCCUCGCGUCCCAGAUUGGAACAGAACGGCUUCAACAGCACCAGCAAUCGCUUUUGUAGCAUAAUAUCUUUCUUCCUUGU